CUUUGUAAUCAUCAUAUCUUGUUCCCGAUUUACCCUUGGGUUCCUCUAUACUCAUCUUGCUUCGACUCUAUUUCUAUCGCCAUCACCGCAUCCCUCCCCUCCAUAUGCGAUCUAAGGGAAAAGCUACAUCUCAGAAUUGGAAGAAUUGUUUCAGUUUCUAAAUAAGCCAGCCAAUAAUCAUCUGAGAACCAACGCAACCCCUUUUCAUCUCCAGAAUUCGGUUGUUGUAUAGAGAAUGGCUGACAAACCCAGCAGAGGUUUGGUGUUAUACGGUGACGGAUUGACUCGAUUCGUCAACCCUUCUCAUACUCAUCUCCAUUCAUUAGCAGCUCAAUCUGUAUGUGGCUUCUUAUCACUCCCUCACUUUCCUCCUACAGAAAAUGUUGAUGGUACAACAGUCGGAGAAUUUCUGAAUUUAGUUGAUGCCUAUGAAGAUUAUACCACUUUGAGUGGAGAGUCUCAAGAUAAGUGCAUAACACCAACUAUAUCAGAGAGGUUUAUGGGUGUUAGAUCAGCUUUAAUUACAGAAAACAUAAGGUUGAGAGCCUGUGGUGGCAAACUUGGCCUUUCGGUGUUGCAGUCAAAUAAGUUAAUCAACAACAGUUCUUCACUUGUUGAUUCACCCGUCAAUCUUGUUGCCAUGGAGUUGCUGAAGCUGCUCGGAAUUCAAGGAGAGAAAGUGUUAGAUACAAGUCAAUUUGACUUGGUUUUUGUACACGUUGGAGCUUGUGAAGAAGGUCAAGUUGGUAAAUAUACGGAGUAUAUUAACUCUUUGGUUGGUGAGAUAAUAUCCAAAGCGAAACCUGAAUCCGAGAUAGGUUCUCGGCUUCACUUGUCUGUUGUGUUGAGUUUUGGGGAUACUUCAAAAGAUGAUGAGUCUAUCUUUAGCUUGUCAAACAAAAAUAGAAACAUGGACUCGAAUUUCGCUUCAUUGUUCCCGAGUCAAAGCUACAGAAUGAAAGGUAGCAAUCCAAGGAGUAAUGUAAGAGACUAUUGCCCAAUGAUGAUUGCUCAAUGGCAAGAUGCUGUUACUCGGAAGGAUACGGUGGAAACCUUCUCUUUUCAAGAUUUCUUGAAGAAUGGUGGAAACCUGACAAUCCCAGCUGAUAGAUUUGUUCAUGAAGUUGCAUUCAAACUUUGGAAGGCCCCAAAGUAUGGAGCUUGAGGUACAUUUUUGUUGUUUGUAACCACCAAAUAAGCCAUGCCUGCUUUCUUUGGCUUUGGGCUUUGAAUAUGCUUUUUUCUGAAUAAAUUCCGACUCCGUACACCAUUACCAAUGAUGGCAUCUCAGGUUAUGUACUUGUUUACAUUCCCCCC